AUGCCAUCUAUUGUAAAAUGGUUAAUUUUGUUCUAUUUUUAUCAGGCAAAAUAACCGGCAAAUUUAGUCUUUGUUUGGUAAAACGUGUGAAAUAACCGCAGAAAAUCAUGAUCAGUGUCCAUGAAUAUUGGUCCAUCUGGGAUCCUCUAAGAACUCGGCCUAUCAUUUUUUUAUGAACUCGCCGAAACCGCGUGUUGGAUGUUAAAAAAAGCAGGCCAAAAAUAGAGAAAGCAAAACUACUGUCUAUAGCAGGUGAAAAAACCAAGAUAAAAUUCUCACAUGCAGGUACAGUCAGGGGUAAUCUUGAUGUCAAAAUGCCUAUAGCUGUAAGGCAAGGUCACAAGCAAGCGUGCGUGUCAGGGGUAUCUCAGUUACAAGAGCGCUGGUUUCAAAGUAGCAGUAGGUCUUAUGGUCGAUUCCCGGAGAUGGAUGCAAUACCCUGGGUUAAACCAUAACUGAGAAACCUCUGCUUGGCACGGAUGACCUUGUAGAUAUGCCAGGUCACGUCUACAGCCAAGGAAGUAACAAACGGUUUCACUAAAUUACUCAGUUCAUUGAAACCUAGAUAAACAAGGUUUAUUAAUCAAUGAGCUUAACCUAUCAAUUCUUUUCUUUUAUCACAGUACACAUUGUUCUCUUUUCUCUUCGCUCUGGAAGUUUGUCAGUCUGCUGUACUUAAGCAAAAUGUGAAGAAUUCACCAGCAUCAAUCGACCCUAUCGUGGAAUGGGGACUUAAAGAACUCUUCUCAUCUCGUCGUUAUCGACGCUCUGUUCUCUCUACCAACCCGAACAUAAAUCAGAUUGCAUCGCAAACAACUUCUUAUAUCGGUACUAGGCGUCUUUAUGGGAAGACCGGAGUCCUCCUUCAGAUCACCAGCGACGGGACGGUCAGUGGAAGCGUAGACUGCACCAGUGAAUACAGUAAGAAAUGAUUUGUAUAAUGCGGUCGUCUUCAGUGUUUAGCAAUUGCCAAAAGGAGAACCUCCGUCGAUAGUUUACUGAAAGGACCGAGUUUCGAACCCGGGUUUAGCGUGAUCUACUUUGACUGAAAAGGGAAGAUCUUCUUUAGAGAUUUGCUUGAAUGUCGAGAAAGUUCCAGUUGAAAACAGUUAAAAAAAAAAGUGACUGUUUCAAACAAAUGGCAUGUCUACAUGGCAUAAUUAUGCUUUUUUUUUCUAAAUUGCUCUUUUUUUAUGUUUCCUAGCCUUUUAUUCCUAUGUUCUCAAAUCUUAACGAUUUUAGUAAGUUCAGCAUAGCACAAGUCACUCGUAUCGCUUUAUUCUGAGUGAUGCACUUAUUAACGAAUCCACUCGUGAGACAGUAUAAAAUGACGCUAAUAGGGCCUCAGUGGAUCUUAAAAGUCUGUAAAUCAAUAAAGGUAAAAAGGCAAGAGCGCUGUAGAUGUAGAUCAUCUGUAGAUCAUCUACUUCAAAAGUUUCGGUAUUUGAAGCACGUUUACUAGCACGUCCUUCGUUAUUAACGUGAAAGCAAAAGUUUGCUUUACUAAUUUUCACUUUUCCGCUUUCUUUUAGCCAAACUUGAGGUGCACUCCGUGGGAAAGGGAAUGAAGCGUAUUAAAGGAAUUAAAACUGGGCGUUUUGUGGCUAUUAACGCAAAUGGAGAUCUUUAUUCUACGGUACGUUGUCAUUUGGAAUCCUAGUUCUCUUCUCUAUGUUUUAGCUUUCCUCUCUCAACAGGUAAACAAAGGAAUAUAUUGAUUUUUAAAAGCCUUCCCUCAUCAUUCCUCGGGCAAUAUCUUUUCGCCUCUUAUUGGCACAAACAGGCCUCUUUGAAGGAGAUCAGUAAUUCAGAAAGUGUCAACUUAUGCAUUAGCUACAGGCGUAAAGUAAAGGCGCUCUUUCUUUCAGGUCAACUAUUAUCGCAACACUCAAGAAGUUAUUCCUUUUAUUUUACAGACUACACCUAGCGAUGAAACAAUCUUUAAGGAAGCACAGAGCUCAUCGACCUACAACACUUAUGCAUCAGCAAAAUACUACAUUACUUCACAUUACGACGCGUUUAUAUCAAUAGGAAGAAAUGGGGUAGCGAGAAAUGCUUCGGGUACCCUUAUGAGUCAAAACAAAGUGAAGUUUCUUUUAGUAUCCGGUUGUUCAGCAUCAUCAAACUAA